AUGGUCUUCGGCCGACGCAAGAGAAGUGCCUCUGCCCAUCCCCAACCACUCUCUCCGCCCGCGUCGCAAUCCGCCCAGUCCGCCGCCAGCCAUGCCUUCCUAAGAUCACAACCGUCGACGAGCAGUCUGUCCUCUGCGGCAGCUGCCGCUGCGCUACGCAGCUCCACGCCCACCCCGAUGUCCAUCGGAAAUGUCGAGACGAAACGCAUGGUCCAGCGGCGUGCCUCGACCCAGUCGCAGGUUAAUCCUGUUGGCGGUCGUCGCUCGGCAAGCGUGAGUGGGACGCUGCGCCGCUCGAGCAGUAACAGCUCGAUGACGGCACGAACCUUCCGCGAACAAUCACCCCAUCGCCCAGCUACAAGCUCUGGACCAGUCAAUGUGCCCCCGUUGCCUAAUAUUCCGGCACAGUAUGCACCGCGGAAACUCCCCAAUGGGCGAGCAAUGAGCAUGGGGCCAUCGAUGCGGUCACCCCCAGCAUCUCCGCCGCGGUCCGGAAGGCUAAAUCGGGACCAUGGAAGAGGUUCGCCCAUCCACAUUGAUACACACCAACGUGUGACAAGUCUUGGGACGGUGCCAGAGUUGGAACGAUCAACGAGUCGCAUUUCGGCAAAUUUCUCGUAUCCCAAUCUUUCACGGCCGACUUCCCCUACUAAGGAUCCGGAGAAUGAACCGUUGAAUCUCGCCGGUGCGCUCCAAAAGUCUCCCUUCGAAGAGCCGGAGCGGACUCCCAAAAAGGAAUCUAGGACUCGGACCUCCGGCACUGUGGAAGGAAGCCCGGUUGCGAAUAAGGUCCGGGGUCCCUUGGCUGCUUCUGCUGCUGCCCAAGCCCUUAACACGCAAAAGGGUAUUCCCCAGGCAAAGACUCGUGCCGAGCAAUUACACGAUAAACUAGCCGAGGAUGACCUGGACCAAUUUACCGACAAUGCAGGACCUAUUGCGACCACCAUACCAGAGAGUGAGCAUCCGACCUCGCGAAUUCUUCCUGAGCGGUGGGCGUCAACAGUCCCAGAGGAGACAGAGCCCACAGAUGAAGCCGUUGAUACUCAUAUCAGGGAAGGGAGAAAUCGCAUGACGAGUGCAUCACCAACAACCGAUCACUUGGAAGCAGUGCCAGAGCAAACCGGACAACCCCCACACAUACGCCAGUCGAACAGCCCGGGUCGUGCUCGUUUCUCUCAAUUACUGUCCGUGGCUGAUGAGGGGAAUCAAAUCCAUCAACCCCCUCCUCGAUCAGUGUCUCCCUUCAAGUCCGCCUUAAAACACCCACGAGGUAGUUCUCUAUCCCCAGAAAGGAAUCUCUGUACAACGGGUCGAGCUCUCGCAGCUAGCGAGUUGUCAGAUGGCGGUACCUCGGUGGCAUCAGACGAAGGAUCCCGCAUUGGUGCUAAAAAGAAGACUGCCAAGGUUAGCUUCGAUGAUGAAGCUGAAAUUGUAGGCGUGGCAGCUAGCCCUCCUACCUCGCCAGAGGAGUAUGCACCUGAUUCACCACCCGGCGGCAAAGCCAAGACUCGUAUGAGUUUCUUUGGCAAGAAGAAGGCACCGUCUGACUCUGUUACGCAUGACGAUGGCUUCAAUGCGGUUAUCAAACCUCGACAAGCUCUUCCAUCGUUUGGUAGUAUUAGAGGCAACCGGAAGGGUGGUCUCCAGAGAUCGCCUAUUCCAGAUUUCAGCGAUAACGAAUCCAGUUCCUCCUCUGAAAACGAGGUUGCAGCUCAGCCGAGGGUGGCAUUAUCAAACGAUCAUGCAAUCGCGGGCAUGCUCUCCAAAACUCAAGACCAUGGAUACUUUAAGCCCCGCGAUGUCAGUACUCUGGAGCAAAUGUCCGUCAAUGGUGCUACCAGCUUGGGGGCGGACAGGGGGUCGAAAGUCAUUGGUAUCACUGAGCAAAAGCCGUAUACCGAUGUGAACGCUGAUCUUUCUGUGCCUGUGAUUGCUGUUGAACCAGCUACGCCCCCUCUAGAUCAACCAAAGCGAAGUCUUGAACAACAACGAUCCAGCAUGGAUCAGUACAGGAUUCCAGGCGGGUUCCCGCCAUCCAACUCAGACCGCAACCUCAAGUCCACAGCAAAGAAGACCAAUGCUCAGGUUGUUGCAAGCGCCGUUCCAAAUCUGGACGACGCAGAUACUGAAGAGGAGUCUGGCGAUAGUGUUUAUAGCGAUGCAGCUGAAGACAUUGACGGCGAUGGAUUUGGAUCGAUUAAUGCUAUUGUUGACAGCCGCUCAGCCCCCAGGUCGGUGUCAGCUUUGGACACCACGAGCGAGAGUCGUGACGCAACACCGAAGGCUCUAGAUCGAACUGCCAUCGUGGAUACUCAGGCGCGUGAUGUGACUGACCAGGCUGAGGAUGUGCGCUCUGUCACCCCAACCCAGGAAUCGGUCAACCGAGAGGCAGAAGAAUCUCCUUCUUCCCCGAUGAAAGCCCUCAAUCUUGACUCUGCCUACCCAUCACUGGCAACUAACUCGACGUUUCGCGCUCCUCAAAAUGGUAGUACCUGGACACAUCCCAACGGGAAACAACGUCCACUGUCUGUGGCGGUUGGUCCAACAUCUCGUAUGCAAGACCCUCGAUGGUCGAGCAAUGAGAGUUCUCCGCGGGAUGGCAAGAACAGACCACGUCCAGUCUCCCUUGGCCCUGCGUUCCAGAAGUCAAGACACCCUGAGCCUCGCCGAACAAUGUCCAGUGGAAGCGAUUCUUCAAGCAGCUUCAAGCGCUCUUCUCCUCGUGGAGAUGGGAUCCAUGCAAUGCGUCGAACACUGAGAGCCGGUGCUGGCCCAGCCGAGCGAAACGAGUCCCCCAUUGAUCAUCGGCCCAUGUCAGCCGGCUCGUCAAAUGGCACGAUGCGCAAGACGCUUCGAGGAACAGGUGCUGGAGGCGAGCGGUAUUCGUUCUUCUCGACAAACAAGAAAGCACCAAGGGCGAAGGUCUCGAAACAGCCUCCCAAGGCAGCCAGCUCAAGCCGGUUUGCAGAUUCGGAUGGCGAGGAAGACGAAGCCCGGACGCAGACUUUCCGCAGUCGAUUUGAAUCCAGUGACGAGGAUGAGCCUGGCAAUAUAGCCAUGCGGCCGGUGCGCGGUAUCCCCCGUCGUCAAGGUGCCGACGAUGGCGACUCGACAGAACUGGAUGAUAGCUCAGAAGAAGGCACCCGACAACAGACACAACCAACUGUUGCCCCCAAGUCGAUUCUGACUCCUCCCAGAAACCGUGGUAGGAAUGAGCCGCAGAGCAUGUCCGGGAUGGCAGCUGUCGCCAAACAACGCGGUAUGUCGCAAAGAGAUCUGGAAGAAUUCCUCCUGUCGCCUCCGCGUGGACGAAAGCCAGGACUUCUCACGCGACUUGGUUUGAAAAAAGAUAAGAACUUCGAACACAGAAUCCGCAAGGCAGACGUUGAAAGUCCCUCGCGAAGAGAUACACAUCUAGAGCGAUCGCGUCUGGAACGCGAUCAAUUGCGCGAAGACAACAUUGUGAACGGAACCCAUGGAAGCACAAUUACAACCGUGACAGCCGGAAGUCCUGAACCACCCCAUUACCCCAAGCUGGUGAAGAGAAACUCCAAACGAAACACCACAGGCCCGUCUUGGCCUCUCCACCCUAAUACAGCGGACGAAGGAACCCUCCAGCCAGUACCAGAGCAGAAGCCCAGCGCUCCGUCGUCCCCUCAACAGACCGAGAAAUUCGAGCCGCAUGUCAAUGAUGCACCCGCACGCAACGGGAGUGUCCUUGUCAACGGAGACGGUGCACCCGGUGCAUCUCCAAUUGGCAAAGAGCCCAGGCCACUUCGGCGGGAGAGCAGGACAGAUUCAAACAAUGACAGUGCCUCCGAGAUCACGAAUCCGGAUGACCAUAGGCCUUCCGCACGCGAUGUUGUGAUUGCCGGUUCUGGGCGGAAGAAACGGUUCCCUCUUCUCAGGAAGGCGUUCGGUCUGAAGGCUUGA